UAAUCGAUGUUUUCGGUUUUCCGGAGCAUUUCCUGGCUCUCUUUACCGAGGUUUGAUUAGCACGGCCUGGCGCCACGGCUGCCGAGCUGUCGCUCCUGGCCGGUUGAUGUUCUCAGCGACCCCGACAGUGUUUUUGCGGUUCCAUCUUUGCUAUUGCGUUGAAAGCCUCGGCAUUCGUGGCGUAGAAGGAGCAUCGAAGAUUGAAGCUCGCUCGCUCGCUUCUCUUCAGUCGCCCAUUAGAGAGAGACAGAGAGAGAGAGAGGCGCCGCCGCGGACCCGGCAGCCGCCAUGAACACCGAAGAUGAAAUCAUCCGCAUUGCUAAGAAGAUGGACAAGAUGGUGCAGAAGAAGAACGCGUCUACAAGAAUUGGAAUGUCUGUGAAUGCAAUUCGGAAACAAAGUACAGAUGAAGAAGUUACAUCUCUAGCAAAAUCUCUCAUUAAAUCAUGGAAGAAAUUGUUAGAUGGACCAUCAAAUGACAAAGAAUCUGAAGACAAGAAAAAAGAAUCAGCAUCAUCGUCACAAAAUAGUCCUGAAGCAAGGGAAGAAAGCAGUUCCAGUAGCAAUUCAAACAGCAAGAAAGAGGAUUCUAACAUUUCAUCAGACACAUAUAUCUCUUCUUUUCCCCGGGCUCCAAACACAUCUGAUUCUGUACGGAUGAAAUGCAGAGAAAUGUUGGCAGCAGCUCUUAAAACAGGGGAUGAUUAUAUUGCUAUUGGUGCUGAUGAUGAAGAACUAGGUUCUCAGAUUGAAGAAGCUAUAUUUCAGGAGCUAAAAAAUACUGACAUGAAAUAUAAAAAUAGAGUGCGCAGCAGAAUAGCAAAUCUUAAAGAUACAAAAAAUCCUAAUUUAAGAAAAAAUGUUUUAUGUGGAAAUAUACCUCCUGAUAGAUUUGCUAAAAUGUCAGCAGAGGAGAUGGCAAGUGAUGAACUGAAAGAAAUGAGGAAGAACCUUACCAAAGAAGCUAUAAGAGAGCACCAGAUGGCUAAAACAGGAGGAACACAGACUGAUCUAUUUACCUGUGGUAAAUGUAAAAAGAAGAACUGUACUUACACCCAGGUUCAGACCAGAAGUGCCGAUGAACCUAUGACAACAUUUGUUGUAUGCAAUGAAUGUGGAAACAGAUGGAAGUUCUGCUAGAAGAAGAAAUUGUUGGACCAGUUAAAAAUAAUUUUAUAAAUAGCUUUAAGAACUAGGUAAAGCCUCCUAUUACUUGCAGAGAUGUUUUUGUUUGUUUGCUUCCUUUUAAGCAGAUAAUUCUGAAGUUAGAUUUUGUUUUUGACAUGACCAUCCCUGUAGUUAAUAGUCAGAGCCAGGAUGCUUAGUUGUAUGGUGUAAUAUUUUUUCCAUUUUUAUAAGCAACUCUAUAUUAAACUUUUAUCAAUGAAAUUUGGGUAACUGUUUUUUUCUUAAUUUUGUAAACAAUUUAUUGUACUUAUUUGCUUUUGACAUACAUGGUUGAAUUUUUUUUUGCAAAAUUCCCAGUGUCAUACUCCAUUUGAAUAAUUUCAGUGUGUUAAAGAAAAUAGUUUUUCAUUAUACUAACAAAAUAAUCCAUAUCUAGUGUGGGUAGGUAGGCUCUAUAAAUCAUUUUUGCAAUUCAUCAUAUUUCCUGUUCCAUAACAUACAAAAGCCUUUUUUGUAUUGUCAAACUUCAAAUAAUUUUGAAAUUUGUAUUGAUAUACCCCUAUUAUUAUAGAGCAUAAAAUAUGCAGUAUUUUUAUAUUAAUGAAUUCUAGUCUACCUUUUAAUGUAUUGCUUGAUCUGUUUUGUUUGGUCUCUUGUUUUCCAAACAUGACCAAAAACAUCAUGUAAUUUACCAAUCACACAGACAUUUGGCAACAAAUACAUUUUAUUGAAAAAUAGUCUAGAAUGAGUCCUAGAUCUCAGAGGUCAGAAAUAAAACUGUAAAUUUUCUCUACAAAUUUUGGUUGUGUAUUGUUUCUCAAGCUUCGUCUUUAAAAUAUUUGCUAAAAGUGAUUUUGAAAAAUAAAAAGUAUUGUUGAAAAAAAUUAAUAUAAAUUAAGCAGGAAGAAUGGGGUACAAGUGUAUUUGAUCCCUGGUCUGUGGACCAGCACCGGUCUGCAGCUUGCCAGCUUGCACUAACAAGUGAAGGCCCAUCCGCGGGAUGCAGGCAGCAUGUAAAACCCCUCUAGUUUGUGGAAAAACCUGUUUCUCCGAAACUGGUUCCUAGUGCUGAAAAGAUUCCCCCCCCCCCGCUGAUUUAAACAACCUGUCAAAGACUUGGAAGCCCAACAAAAUCAGUCUGCUCUUCCUAACUUUUUUUUAAGCAAUCAAAUUUCUCUUUACAAAACAGCAAAAUAUUUACAUCAUAUAAUUGAUUCUGAAGGGCACUAAUUUUACCAUGCUGCAGUGCACUUCCCAUAACAGUUUUGGAGAGCUAACAUAAAAUAACUCCAUACAUGCUCAGACUGUGCCCCUGAUG